CGCAAGUCGCAAGAGGCAGUGAGAGAGACAAGGGAGAGGGAAACACCGCUCGGUAUCAAGAGACUCCACAGGUCAGGCUGGCUGUCUAGCUUAUCCGGGAUGGAAGUGGGCUGGUGCCAAUAAAUGCAUUUUUGACGAGUCCAGCUGCACCAGAAAGAGAGGUACAGCAGAUGGGUUCCGCCUAGAGCGCUAAUGCCCCCCAUCAUAUGUAAUCGACAAAGGAUGCCGGGGCGGAGGAUUAUUCCAUUGACAUGGGGACCAUUUCCAGAACCAGGGUUACUACCGGAGCAAGACCGACUAAAAGCAGAGCCCUACCCACUCCGGUUAGUCCCCUUACAUGCGCCCCUCCUCCUUCUGGUCUGCUCGGCCGUCUUGAACGAAUGUGCCUAAACCUGCAUAGGGCCAGAGAAGGGGGCGCAAGAGCAGAGAAUAACAAUAAAAAGAAAAACAAUAAUGUGGCCACCGUGCUCCGGCCACCGGGGCUCACUUUACAUAUACGACAGCCUGGCGAUCGGGAUUUGUGGCACUGCAUCCGCCACGCCCGUUCUAGUCCAUCUGACUGA